AUGAAGUUCACCGACGCCAAAGAAAAAUUCCUGGCUGAAAAUUUGGAAGCCUAUGGAAUAGCAGACCACCUCGGCCAAACCACCGUGUUUAUGAACAGAUUUUUUGACCGUUGGGUCGAACGGUUCCAUGAAAUGGAGUAUCUGACAGCCGAUUCCGACGUCCAACGUUUUGUUCGCCGUCGAAUGCAAGCACUCAUUGAGAAGAAGCUGCAAGACGUCCUUACCACCAAGAGUGCCGAUGAGCUGUCGCAACUGAAAGCGAACUCGGAGGAUCCCCCAUCGCCCCCUCAUGGCAAACCUGAGCCCUUCAUUCCCAGGUAUCACCCACUUGGCGCCGCCCUCUACAUGGGUCCCUUGCGUAGAGACCUACUCGCUGCGAAGUUAAAGAAGAAGGCUCAAAGGAACUUGAAGUCGAGGAGUCCUCACGGAGAUUCAAAGCAAACAAUCAAGCCUAGCCAUUGUGACUUCAGUUCGCCGGCCUUGGCGCUCGCUGACAACAAGUGA